AAUAUUAACAACUGGCAACAACGUCUAUAACAUCAUAAACUAGGCUUCAUCUCAUUGUCUGUUCCUCUUCAAUGAUUCUUUUGUGGUAAAAAAGGGGCCUGGGAAAUGAAUGUAGAGACGAGCAUGGUAGAGCAACAAGCAAGGGGAGUGAGAUGGAAUUGCAGAAGAUUCAUCUUACUCCAGUCUUGUCAACUGUAAAUGUGAUCCACCCCAAAAAGGGUUUCAUGCAAAAGGAAAGUUACCCAUUUUCUGUUUUGUUUGUUUAGAUGCCAUGGCUUAUCCACAUUACCGAUCACCUUUUGGUGACACAACGUUUACAAAAGUGUUUGUGGGGGGACUAGCUUGGGAGACACCAACAGAGGAAAUGCGUAGAUACUUUGAGCAGUUUGGAGAGAUUCUUGAAGCUGUUAUCAUCUGUGAUAAAAACACAGGCAAAUCUAAAGGAUAUGGCUUUGUUACUUUCCGUGAUCCUGAAUCAGCCAGGAGGGCUUGUGCUGAUCCAAAUCCUGUAAUUGAUGGAAGAAGAGCAAAUUGUAACAUUGCAUCACUUGGAAGGCCUAGGCCUUCACCACCACGAGGAAGAAAUCAAGGUAGCAGUCCUUAUCAGGGAGUUGCACAGCAAGGUGCACCAUCUUAUAGUGGAGUUGCAGCACCAGUGCCUCCGCCUCCGCCACCGCCACCACUACCUCCUGUCAUUUAUCCACCUUAUGGGUACCCAACUUACAGUCCUGAAUACGGGUAUCACCAAGCUCUCUAUAAUCCACAAAUUCAGCAGCCACAAUACUAUCAACUGUAUGGAUCAUCAUCUACAACAAUGGGAUCUCCAUAUUAUUAUGGCUAUUCUUUGCAAGCUCCCAGGGCAACAUUUUCCCCACCCCAGGCUCAACGUAUCCCCGGACCGUCCUAUUUUUACUAUCCUUCUCAGAUGGAGGGCUCUUUCUCCACCUAUCCUGCCCCACCCUUUCAUCUAACUAGGCAUCCCUUUCCCUCUUCCACAGAUUCACAGACUCCACAGCAAACCUCCACAGAAACAGAGGCAGGGGCCAUCACAUCUGAAAGUCCAAAAACCUAAAGGGAAGAGCUCAUCCCUGCCAAAAUGUUCAAAUUGUACAAUCUUGAUAAUUUAUGUUCUUCUUAUCACCCUAUAUCACUCUUAUAUUCUCAACAAUUUAGCGAUAGGUGGCUGCUGCAUCAAGUUACUGCUAUUGCCUAUGGCAGGAAAUGGAGGACUAAUCAACCACCUUAUGCAGAUUCUUUUUUCCUCUUUAAUUCUCAAGGAAAAAAAAACAUUCUUCUAUUUUUUCACCUAAAAGUUUUCAUUCGUUAAGACUUUAACAUCCUUUACAGAAUUGUAUGAACUGUGAACAAAAGGAGGGAAGCGCAUUCCCUCAAUAAAAAAAAUUUGAUUAGCAAUUUAGCAAUCAACAUCAUUUUGAUUUUUUUUUUUUUGUCUGUGGGGUU